AACAACCAACUUCACGGAUUCUAAGACCUUCACGGACUGGCUUCGUAGUUCGCAAUUCCAACAAAGUUACAAAAUCUCCACUUUCGAUUCCUGACCUUCACAGUUGUAGGUUGAUGACUUGUUCUGAUUCUACGAAGUGUUUCUCCGCAUCAUCACUUCUAAACUCACGGGUUGUAUAUAUCAACUCUUCUAUAAAACUCAUUUCAACACAAAACAACCCUAAAAACACAAAACACACUUUCCAGUUUCCAAACAACCCUAAUCAUGGGUUCCAAGAUCUCAGCCAUGUUCUACAUCUUCUUGAUCUUCAUGUCAAGUGCCUUACCACCUUUGGUUUUCGGUUGCCAAAACUGUCCAUCAUGUAGCCCACCUCACCACAAACCACCACACCAUGGUGGAUGUGGUAAGGGUUCUCCACCCAAAACUAAGCCACCCAAGAGAAGACCACCUAUAGUUCUCCCACCCAUAGUACAUCCUCCACCUACUAGACCUCCUAUUGUUCUUCCACCCAUAGUACAUCCACCACCGGUUACUAGACCGCCUACUAAACCGCCUAUUGUUCUACCACCCAUCGUACAUCCACCACCGGUUACUAGACCGCCUAUUGUGCUUCCACCCAUUGUACAUCCUCCACCUACUAAACCACCUAUUGUUCUACCACCCAUCGUGCAUCCUCCACCUACUAAACCGCCUAUUGUUCUCCCACCCAUCGUACAUCCACCACCUACUAAACCACCUAUUGUUCUACCACCCAUCGUGCAUCCUCCACCUACUAAACCUCCUAUUGUUCUCCCACCCAUCGUACAUCCACCACCUACUAAACCACCUAUUGUUCUCCCACCUAUAGUGAUGCCCCCUCCGGUCAUAGUACCACCGCCCGUCUUACCGCCACCUAUCUUACCACCACCUGUCUUACCACCCAUUGUGAUGCCCCCUCCACCUUCUUCUUCCUAUCCACCGUACACUCCCCCUGGUGGUGGCAGUGGUGGAAAAGGAGGUGGUGGUGGUAAAGGAGGAGGUGGAAGUGGAGGCAAAGGAGGAGGAGGGGGAGGUGGAGGUGGUGGUGGUGGUGGUGUUAUGCCAACAUGUCCAAUAGAUGCACUAAAGUUAGGGGCAUGUGUAGAUGUGCUAGGGGGAUUGGUGCAUAUAGGGUUAGGGGAUCCAGUGGAAAAUGAGUGUUGCCCAGUGCUUAAAGGGUUGCUUGAGCUAGAAGCAGCAGUGUGUCUUUGCACUACCAUAAGGCUUAAGCUUCUUAACCUAAAUAUUUUGAUUCCACUUGCUCUCCAAGCCUUGGUAACUUGUGGGAUGACCCCUCCACCUGGUUUUGUGUGUCCACCUCUAGUUUAAUUUAAAUAAAUAUAAUAAAAAUACAACAAGGUUGUGUUAUGUAGCUAGCUAGGGCAGCAUGCACGUUGCUAGGUAUCAUUAUUGAGGAUGAUGAUUGAACUAGUUAUUAGUUGUUGCUCGUUUAUGUAAUAUUAUAGCUUUUAUGCUAUUGUAGUUAAUGUAUUUUUACCUA